AUGUCUCUUGAGGAAGAUAUCCCGGUGACACUGACUGAGGAUGAAGAUUACAGUGCGGCGAUUCGGAAUGGAAGGAGUUUGAUAGGGAGACUUCUGAACCCGGAAUGUCAAAACAUGGCGCGUAUGCUCCGUACGAUGCCAAAGAUCUGGAAAAUCUAUGAACGAGUGAGAGGGAUAGCUCUAUCAAAGGAAAGUUUUCAGUUCAUAUUUGACUUGGAGACUGAUAUACAGACGGUGAUGAAGUACGGUUUCUGGACUUUCGACGACUGGGGUAUGGUAAUGGAUCGUUGGAUGGAAUUUCCACCGACGGACUUUCUGCAGAAGGCUUCAGUGUGGAUACGUCUACACAAAUUACCGGUGAACUACCUGACUCUGAAAACCAUAAGAGCAGUCUCAAACCCCAUUGGUCAUGUGAAGGACAUUGAGUUUGAUCCGACAAAACCUCAUCUCCAAGAAUAUGUGAGAGUAAGAGUGAUUAUGGAUCUCCAACAACCAGUAAGAGAUUCUAAGCUGUUGAAUUUGCCUAAUGGAGGAAGUACCACAGUGGACGUGGAGUAUGAAAGAGUGAGAAAGAAGUGCUUCCAUUGUUUCAGACUGUCACAUGAGAAGCAGAGGUGCCCUCUGGUUAAGGCCCAGAAAAAUGUUGGAGCAUCCGCAACAGAGAAAGGGAAAGCUAUUGCGAUAUCACCAGUGAUACAUCGUCAACACAACCAUGACUUAGUAGGGUCGUUAAUGCCUCUUAUGGCACCAUCAGUCCCUCCGGGUUUCGCUCCCAAAUCCAUUGUCGCGCCAGAGGUGUUUGAGCAGAUGCAGCUCUACAUGAACUGUACGGAUCCAGAGGAAAGACGUAUUAGAGAAUUCAAGAUGAAAAUGGCGUUGCAAGAUCUCUCAAUGAACUCGGGAGCUCAAAGCUCAUAUCUUCGUUUGGAGGAUUCCCCAAUGAUAUCUGGAGUCCAAAACAAGAAUGUAGGACGAGUCUUUGACUUUCGAACGGCUGAAGCAGUGCAAGAAAAUCCGCAAACAGAAGGUGCUUUCCUGAAUAUACCUACACUACCAGAAAGGGAUGGAGAUAACCGCGUACUUAUGUCUAACACCACGCCCACGGGUGAAAGCUUACAGAAAGAGCUCACGGUUGCUAAGAGGUCUCGUCAGACUGAGAUGGUAGAAAUGCCAUUUAGAAUGAUAGAGGGAUCAGGGGAGUACUUGCCUCCUAAACCAGGGGCGCUUUUCUCUAUUGGUCACGAUGAGCACUCUGCCUCGGGGAAGAGUGAUAGAAGCAAGUCAUCUAAGCGCAAAGGUGCUUCGUGGAAACGGUUUAAACAAGCACCGAAGGGGGUUUUGUCUGCUGCUGGAAUAGAACCUCCCGGAGUUACUCAAGAUGAAGGGGAUAGUAAUGUCAAGCGUAAGGCAGGGGAUGACAGGAUGGCCUCAUCUAAGAUGCUAAAACAAACUGAAGGUUUGAUGGUUCACCAGAAACCAUCCACUCCUCAAUGA